GUCACAAUCUCUGUCUCAACCUCUUCUAGACAUAGCUUAUUGGCGAAGUUCUCUGAUCGAUUUUGCAUUUGUUCCGAUAAUGUCAAACGGGGACAGGAUGGUGUUGGCACUUGGCGGUGCAGGUACCGUGGGAUCCGGAGUUGUCAAGGCGCUUUUGGAUAGGGGUUUCAGGGUAGCCGUGAUCUCCCGCGACAGCGCCAGAUUGGAUAAACUCAAGGAUUUUGUUUCUCCGUCCACCAAAGGCAACUUGAUUACAUUGGUGGGGAAUGUCGGCACGGAAGAUGGUGCAGAGGAGGCGAAACAAGAUCUUCUGAAACUGGUGGGGAAGGUGACAGAUGUGGUGUCUUCUUUGGGGUUCAGCUGGUGGCAGGGCGGACCCCCUCACACACAGACCGUGAAAGAACUGCACUGGGUCAUUGACACAUUGCUCCUCAGUACUUUCGUUUCAUGGAAGACCUUCUUCCCCUUGGUGAGGGAUGAUUCUGACUACACCUACACGUUCAUUACAGGUGGUGCUGGAGAGAAGAUCCUGAUGCCUGGCACAGGGUUCCUGACGGUGGGAGCAGCUAGCGCUCUGGCCUUCUGUCAGGUUCUGCGGGAAGAGUACCCUGAUGUCUCCUGCAAACUUAAUCAGGUGAAAAUCAACACGGGAGUGGCCACCCCAGACCGCAUCGCCCCUGGGUUCCUGAACCACCUGGAGCUGGGGGAGGCGGUGGCGACGCUCAUCGAGAGACGGAACACCUCCCACACCGUCUACCCGGUCAGCUGCCCUGCUGACCUCAAAACUGUGAUCCUGGAGGGGAAUCUGUAGAGCCCACCUGCUUUAUGGCGCAUCAGCAGCAGUCAGAGCCAUCAUGUGUUGGAAUCUGUGGACAUCCUCUCUGUCUGCGCUGUUGCCAGUUGAUGUUAGGUUUUUUGUGUUUGUGUGUGUGUGUGAGAGUGUGUGAGUGAGUGAGCAAGUGAAUGUCUGUAUGUGCGUGUAUGUGUGUGAGAGUGUGUGAGUGAGUGAGCGAGUGAUUGUCUGUGUGUUUGUGUGUGUGUGUGUGUGUGUGUGUGUGUAUGUGUGAGUGUGUGUGUGAGUGAGUGUGUGAGUGUAUGUGCGUGUGUGCCUGUGUUUCUGUGUGUGAGUGUGUGUGUUUUUCUCUAUGUAUUUGGGUUUGCUUGUGCGUGUGUGCAACCCAUUUUGCAUGCCAGUAAAGAGGAUAUUAAGAGGAUAAAGGGCAAAGCUUUGAAAUAUCAGCCAUUUCUGUGUACAUUUAUUAUUUGUCUGGCUUGUUUACAUUAUACUGUGUGGGCAGAUGGACAACAGUGAGCGCUAACCCUGUGUACAUUUAAUUGCUAAGUGCUUGUUGUGGGAAUUAAAACAAAACAUGAAGAUAAAAAAAAGAAGAGAGCAAUAUUGUUUUAUUCUUUCUUUUUAUUGUACAUAUCUUUUGACUUUGAUAGAAUGCACUCUGCUGGAGUCUUUGUGUGUGUGUGUGUGUGUGUGUGUGUGUGUGUGUGUGUGUGUGUGUGUGUGUGUGUGCAUGCGUGCCUGCGUGCGUGCGUGCGUGAGUGCGUGUGUGUGUACAUGUGGUGGGAAGUGGAAUGCUUCUCCCCAUUUUCGCUCACAAACACACUCCCCUCCCACCCUCUCUUCUCCCUCUUAGUGGGUCCCAUUAUCCGAGUGCAACCAAACUUGUAAAUAAACAUUUGAAAGGGCCUGCAUCAGCAUUAGUUACCCCCCCACCCCCCCACCCCUCACCCCGGCCCCACGGAUUACCCGUAUGCCACAGGAAGAUGAGAUGAUUUUGUAAAGAAGGGAUUGCAUUGUUUGUUUAUGCCAUUGUUUAUGUCCCGGUCAUUUGCAUACUGUAUGUGCUUUAGCAAUAUGAAUGUACAUUUGUCUUGCCAAUAAAGUAACCUGGAUU